AUGGACAUACAACCAAAUAUGGACAUAGAAGUACAACCAAACAUGGACGUACAACCGAACAUGGACAUACAACCAAACAUGGACGUACAACCAAACAUGGACAUACAACCAAACAUGGACGUACAACCAAACAUGGACGUACAACCAAACAUGGACGUACAGCCAAAUAUGGACGUACAACCAAACAUGGACGUACAACCAAAUAUGGAAGUACAACCAAAUAUGGACGUACAGCCAAACAUUGAUGUACAACCAAACAUGGACAUACAGCCAAAUAUGGACGUACAACCAAACAUGGACGUACAACCAAACAUGGACGUACAACCAAACAUGGACGUACAACCAAAUAUGGACGUACAACCAAACAUGGACGUACAACCAAACAUGGACGUACAACCAAACAUGGACGUACAACCAAACAUGGACGUACAACCAAACAUGGACGUACAACCAAACAUGGACGUACAACCAAACAUUGACGUACAACCAAACAUGGACGUACAACCAAACAUGGACGUACAACCAAACAUGGACGUACAACCAAAUAUGGACGUACAACCAAACAUGGACGUACAACCAAACAUGGACGUACAACCAAACAUGGACGUACAACCAAACAUUGACGUACAACCAAACAUGGACGUACAACCAAACAUGGACGUACAACCAAACAUGGACGUACAACCAAACAUGGACGUACAACCAAACAUGGACGUACAACCAAACAUGGACGUACAAACAAACAUGUACGUACAACCAAACAUGGACGUACAACCAAACAUGGACGUACAACCAAACAUGGAUGUACAACCAAACAUGGACGUACAACCAAACAUGGACGUACAACCAAACAUGGACGUACAACCAAACAUGGACGUACAACCAAACAUGGACGUACAACCAAACAUGGACAUACAACCAAACAUGGACGUACAAACAAACAUGGAUGUACAACCAAAUAUGGACGUACAACCAAACAUGGACGUACAACCAAACAUGGACGUACAACCAAACAUGGACGUACAACCAAACAUGGACGUACAACCAAACAUGGACGUACAACCAAACAUGGACGUACAACCAAACAUUGAUGUACAACCAAACAUGUACAUACAACCAAACAUGGACGUACAACCAAACAUGGACAUACAACCAAAUAUGGAAGUACAACCAAACAUGGACAUACAACCAAAUAUGGAAGUACAACCAAACAUGGACGUACAGCCAAAUAUGGACGCAUAACCAAACAUGAACGUUUAACCAAAUAUGGAUGUUCCACCAAAUAUGGACUUACAGCCAAACAUGGACAUGCAACCAUAUAUGGACGUACAGCCAAAAAUGGACGUUCAACCAAAUAUCAAACUUAGCUAAAUAUGAACGUACAACCAAAUAUGGAAGUUCAUGGCUAUAUGUACACCAAGUCUUAUAUGGCUAUAUGUAUAGAUAGUUUUAUAUGGCUUUAUUUACAAUUCUCCUUAUAUGGCUAUAUGUACAAUCAGUUGUACAUGGCUAUCUGUAUAAUUAGUCUAACUGACAUAUAGCCAUAUAAAACUAACUGUUUGUCUAGCUUUAAAUGGCUAUAUGUCAGAUAGACUUUUAUAUGUACGGUACAAUAAGUCGUAUAUGGCUAAAUGUUCAUCUGUCGUAUAUGGCUCUUUAUUAUAUGCUUUCCGCUUGUUUAAAGAGAUUUAUCAGUGAAAUAAAAAUGAUAUAUCACUGUUUCAGAAUUGAAAUAUUAACUUUAAUGUUUCACUCUUAAAAUUUUAGCCCGUUUCUCCAAUUCAAAUCAAACAUCAGCAUGCACAUGGCUGGGACACAAUAUCAAUCAUGUUAUUCAUAAAUGACUUUACGUGCUCAUACGAAUUGAAGCAUUUUCCCAAUAAAAUGGCAUUAAAAGACUUUCAAUACCAAGUUCAGACAUAAUAAAAAGAAAAAUUGUUUGUUUCAUAGUAAGAUAACAAUAUAUUUAGCCCUGUGAACACCAAAAUUAAUUCACAUGUGGCUACGCCACUUGUGAAACAUAACUUUUGGAGCUUACUAGGUGAAAUAUAUUAUGAAAUUACACUGGAACAAACAUUAUCCUCUAUAUGUUUAUCUCCUCUAGUUUGGUAACAAAACCAUUUCACUGGAGUUGCUGUAUUAUGUUUAAUGAUCUUACCCAAACCUGUAUGUUACAUUGAGCAUUGUGAUAACGUCUUAUUGCGAAAGUAUUGUUUUAUUUACAGCAUAAUUAGGUUUAUUUAUGUAUCAGAUUUAGUCAUGUGUUGUCAUAUAUUGUGAAAUAUAGAUCAACAAUCAUGAAAGUGAAGAUUAAGUUAUUAAUAAAUUAUUUUAAACUGG